AUACAACAAGCAACAGAUUUAGAUCUUUCUUCUGAACAUUCACAAAUGAUGGAAAAUAAGAAUAAGAAUAGAUAUGUUAAUAUAGUGGCAUAUGAUCAUACCAGAGUUAUACUGAAGCCUUUGCCUGGACAAAAGAAGAUGCAUGAUUAUAUAAAUGCCAAUUACAUUGAUGGUUAUAACAAACCUGCUGCAUAUAUUGGUACUCAAGGACCUUUGCCUUCAACUUUUGAUGAUUACUGGCGAAUGAUUUGGGAGCAAAGAGUAUACAUUAUAGUUAUGAUAACAAAUCUAGUGGAAAGAGGCAGGAGGAAGUGUGACAUGUAUUGGCCAAAAGAGGGUACAGAGACUUAUGGUAUCAUUCAAGUUAAGCUAAUAGAGGAACAAGUUAUGGCUACUUAUACUGUUCGAACAUUUGCUAUAAAAAAUACCAAAAUGAAGAAGAAGUUAAUGUGUGAAAGAAAUGUCUAUCAGUACCAUUAUACAAAUUGGCCUGACCAUGGGGUACCUGAUCAUGCACUGCCAGUUUUAAAUUUCAUUCGGAAAUCUUCUAAUGCUAAUCCAAAUAAUGCAGGUCCAAUCAUAGUGCAUUGCAGUGCUGGAGUGGGCAGAACUGGCACUUACAUUGUUUUGGAUGCCAUGCUUAGGCAGAUACAACAUAAGCAAAGCAUAAAUGUUGUUGGUUUUCUUAAGCAUAUUAGACAACAAAGAAAUUAUUUGGUGCAAACCGAAGAACAGUACAUAUUUAUUCAUGAUGCUCUCCUAGAAGCAAUUGAGAGUGGGGAAACUGAAGUUCUCUUGCACCAGUUUGGUUCAUAUGUAAGUAAUUUAAAUAAUCCAGUGAAUGAAGGUGGAGAGAAAAGUUCAAGUCCUCUAGAAAAACAAUUUAAGUUGGUAACUUCAUUUAAAGCUCGGGACUUCAAUGUGGUUUCAGCAUUAAAGCCUUGUAACAAAGGAAAGAAUCGAUCUCUUAACCUCAUUCCACUUGAAUCAUAUAGGGUUCACAUCACUCCAAAGCCUGGAACUGAUGGUUCUGAUUAUAUUAAUGCAACCUUUCUGCAGGGUUUUCAUAAGCUAAGAGAAUUUAUAAUAACUCAGCAUCCACUGCCUAGCACAGUUGCUGACUUUUGGCAAAUGGUGUUUGAUCACAAUUCACAAAUAAUUGUUGUACUUUCUUCAGUUGAUGAUAAAGAAAAUCCAUGUUUUUGGCCCAAAAAGGGGGAAGAAAUGGAUGAUGGUAGCUUCAAGCUAAAAAUGGUUGAAGAAUCUUCCCAAGAUGUUUUUGUAACUAGAGAUUUUAUAAUGCAAGCUACUCAGGAUGAGUAUGAAAUGACAUGUAGGAUCAUUGAAUGCCCAGGAUGGCCUGAAAGUUGUAAUCCUCCAAGCAGUGUUUUUGACUUGGUACAAGUUGUCCAAAAAUGGCAUUUGGAGUACCAAAAUGAUCCUAUUAUUGUUGUUGACAGGUAUGGUGGAACAGAAGCUGCUGCUUUCUGUUGUCUUACAACAUUGAACAAACAACUUGAAUAUGAAAAAUGUGUUGAUGUAUACUUGCAUGCUAAAUUGUAUCACAUGAGGAGGCCAGGAAUUUGGAAAACUCAGGAUGAUCUUUUGUUCUUGUAUAGAGCAUUAGAGCAUGUUAUUAAUGUUGGUUCAACGGAGACAGAAUCUGCUGUUGGAAAUGCUACUAAUGGUCAUGUAAACAGUAAUGGACAUGCCAUAAAACUGCCAUCUGCUUGUAGUAAAGAAUCAACUGAUGCAUGAUGAUGAUGGAAAUUAAUUCUAUAAAGUUAUGAAGUUUAUAUUUUGUUCUAAGAAUCAAAUCGGGACGUCGGUUGUAUUGAUAAAGGUUCAGAUGCAUUUGGUGAAAUUUCAUUGUCACCUUUUGCCAGCUUAUUCAGAAAUGUAUUUCCAAUAAAUGCCUCAUGCCAUACAUCAGAGAUGAUUUCAGUGUUGAAGGUACUAUCAAUGCUGAUAUCAUCAGUUAAUUGUAUAUCAAUGUCUAUGAUUUGUAAGAGUAUGAAAAAUAUACUAAUGCUGAUAUAAUUUUCUGUAAAAGAGUUUUGAGGUGUAUAUUUCUUCCCUCAAUUAUGAACAGACUAUUAGAGCAAUUAGGAAUACUGGAGUUGUUGCAAGUGUUCCAAGAAGUUCCAGCUCCUGCACUGCCUAUGUACAGUUGUGGUAGCUAUGAGAAAGUUAUUGAUGCCAUGAUAUGCAUCUAAUUAAGGCUAACUCUAUUUGAGUUGCUAUUCCUCUGUUAUUGACAUCUGAUUGACGUUACAGAGAUAUGAGCUAGUCAAGAGCUAUGUAUUAUUAUAAGCUUUGCGCUUGCUCAAGAUUAUUUUUGUUUUGUUUUUGUUUCAUUUCUGUAUUCUCUAGGCCAGAGCUCUAGAUUUCUAACAACUAGAGUGGGAAAGAUUCUUUAUGCAGUUUUUCAUUUGAGGAAAUAAUAAGUAUAUUAUGGCUUGAGUUUAUUUCUAAAAUAAUAUAAUCUUAAAUAUCAAUAUAUAUAUAUAUAUAUCUAUAAUUAUAUAUAUAUAUAUAUUACAAUUGCCUUUGUUCUGUUAUGACAUGAUGUGACUAAAGUAAACCAUAUUUUAAAUUCUGUAUCUUGUGUAUUUAUUAUCUUAUUGGAUUAAAAAACUUAUAAAUUUGCUUCAAAAUUAGAGAUUUACCCAUAGAACGUGAAAUUUUUCUCUUCUGAGAAACUGCAUUAGAUGAAUGUCCUUCAGUAUAAUUGCAUUUAUGCCUGAUGAUUUUUUUGUUAUCAGGCUCCAUUGUGAUUGUGCCUCUAGUUUAUGGACUGAAUUUUGUAACUCCCACUCACAGUAUAAAAUUGUUUUCUAAAUCUUGCUUAUAUAUUAAGUAGAAAUUAAAUUGAUUUUGAAUGUAAUUUUAUUUAAAUAUGACCAACGAUGCAUUAUAAUUAUAAUUUCUGACUAUUUGUUGCCUGCAAAUCACACUAACAUUUUAUACACACAUUAUAUAUAUAUUUAAGAUAAAACAAAAUACAAUGGCUGCUUUAAGAAUAAUUGGUGACCUCAAAAUUAACUAUUCUAGAUUUUAAUGUUCUCCCCCUAAGUUCAUCCUUUCUCCAAAAUUCAAGAUCUUACCAAAUUACAUAACACCGCUUGAAAAAGGUAACUAAAAUUAACCAGUCAUGGCUCAGCUUCACAUAUGCACCUACAUAGUAUAAAUAUUGUGUUGCGAGCUUCCUUUUCCUAGCUUUUACCAUGCUAGCAACUCUACGCUGUUUAUGCUGUCUAAGAUGGUAACAUUGUACCGUUUAAACCAGUGUACAUAAAAAUUUAUCGUACUCAACGAAAUGAUUGAAAAGUAAUUUGUCUGCCAAACAGAUUAUUUGUGUAAAAAUAAAGAUGGUGUUUCUUCAAUUAAGUUUUUAUUAGCUGCUGCAUCAAGCCUUCAUCCACAGCCACACAACUGCAUUAAAAUAUAUAUAUGUGUGUGUGUGUGUGUGUGUGUGUGUAUGUGUGAUUUUAAAUUAACUGAACCAAAUGGGCAGAAGCACAUUAUUAUUUUUCUUAGAAAUUACUUAGUUCCUGAAAUGUAAAUAAAUUUUGUAGAUGUAUAUCUGUUCUGUUUUGUACAUAUAUAUGUCUGUAUGUCUCUGCGAUGAAAACAUGCAUACACAUAAUCUCUCAUAAAUACAUGUAUAUAAAUACAUUUAUAAAUAUCGGUAUGUUUAUAUAUAUGCACAAAUUUGUACAUGCAUAUAUAUACCUAUAUAUAUAUAUAUAUGCAUGAAAAUUUGAGUGCAUAUGUGUGUGCCUGUAUAUAAAUAUAUGUAUCGGGAAAAUCUAAAAUAAAAUUAACUAUGCAGCUAUAUUAUUACUUCAAUACCUGAAUUUGUUUUGCAUUGAGGGCUUAGGCGAGAUGCUGGAAUUAGUGGGAGAUUAAAAAUAAUAAAACUCAGAGCUUCGUAAUUUGUGUGUUUAAAAAAUGUUAACUGUCAAUUUCUUUUGGUGGGUAUAGUAUGUUUUAUGUACCACUGAACUUGCAUCUUGAUCUUUAUGUAAAUGAGUUUUGUAUAAAAUCAAAUGGAUAACAUUCAUAUUCAUUACUCCGUUAUAUAGGUAUUCAGUAUUGCAUGUAAUUAAGCCAAACAAAACUGAAAUUUUACUGUAAUGUGAUUUUUGACAUAAAGAAUUAUAAGGGCAUUUUUUGGCAUCCAGUUGGCCUUUUUAAUUUUUUUUAAUCCAUAGUUAACUGUGAAACUGCUUUAACAGUUUUAAUAACUUUGGAUACAUAUUCUUUCUAAUAAAAAGCUUAACUUGGUGAUGUUUUUAUGUAAUAGUAAUAAGAUAAGCUUAUUAUUUAAAAUACUAAUAUGUCCUGUUACAUUAUGAGGAUAUUUUUUUAGGGACAUACUGCUUGUAUGCAAUGAAUAUAAAUAAUUCCUAGCUUAGUCAAGGAGUGUAAUGAUAUAGAUUUAGUCUACAGUUGUUAAAUAUUUAAUCUAUGAAAUGUUGUUUCAAUUAUUAUUUAAGCAAGAAUAUAUGAUAUACAUUGCUCAUUGCUGAAUAUUCAUUUUGAUAUCAUCUGAAGGUGGGAAUACUUAUCUAAUACCCUCAUGUGGAAUUACAAGUCUGACUUUCUUAAACUGUGUUGUUAAUGUGCAACACAUUUAUUAUUAAAUAUGAAAUUAGUAUACUUCAUGUCAGUGAGUUACAUAAAACAUAAAAUGGGCUAUUUUUAGCAAAGUAAUGAAAUAUUUCUAUGUAGGAAAGAAACAAUUGACGUGCUGGAAAGGGAAAAAUGUUUUUUGUUUUCUCAAUUUAUAAUAGUAAUUAGAUGCAUAUAAAUUAUUGAAUGUUUAAUAUGCACUUGUAUAAGAUAAAGAUUUUCAGAAGUUAUUAGAGCUAAGAAUGUAGAAAAGAAUUGUGAGUAAAAAUUUGUACUUUUCAAAUGUAUAUAAUAAAUUCAUAUGUAAGUGUCCUAUUCUCAGCAUAUUUUUGUUUCCAAUUUAAGAAACAUGUUUUUGUCUGUAGUUUGCUCUCUUAUGGCAUCUAAGAAAUCUGCUUUGCAGAUUAGAAAGAAGGUUGAUUUACAGAUCUGAAAUCUAUUUAAAGAAUGUAUUUUUAUAGAAAAUCUCACCUGAGUAAUUUUAUCUGAAGUACAUCUCCAGUUAUUAUGAAACUUAGAAGUAAUUAACUCAAAUUAUUAUAGAAAUUUUACAGAAAAUAAAAUGCAUUUUUAUGACAUAGAAAUGCAAAGUUACUUCAUUCAAUAGCAUGAAAGAAUAGUUCAUAUUUUUAUGCUUCACUCAGUUAACUUUAUGUAAAUUUUUUAAUAAUGUGGCACACAUUUCUGCGAUAUUGAGCAAAACCUUAACACACAACCUAUUUUUGAAUAAGCAGUACUAUGAAAAUUUCCAUGAGUAUUAUUAAACUUUAUAUAGCAACUGUGUUAAUAUUGCCAGCUUAAGUAAUUGUUAACACAUAUUUUUUUGUCCUUUAUCAUACCUGUUUUAAACAUGUGUUGAAUGGAUGUCAUAAUUUAUGCUUUUCAGAUUCUGCUGUAUACUUUAUAUAAAUUUUAUUUUGAUAGCCGAAGUUUAGCUUUCUUUCCCAUUUGAUUUUGUUCUUGGAAACAAGGUCUAUUUUUUAAUAUGAAGCACAUGAGAUGUAUUUAUGUUUUAUUUGUGAUACGGUUUAUGUUUAUGCAGGCACAUGAGUUUUCUAGAGCAGCUGUAUCUAAGCCAUGAUUUCAUAUUUUAUUUUGUGGGACCAUGAAAUUUUGUGAUAUAUUGGAUUUCUAGUUUGAAAUAAGUUGUUCCAUAUGUUGUACUUUUUUUGUGUUAAUUUUGUUAUUUUUGGUGUGACAAUUUCUAAGUGGCUUACAAUGAUUUUUAUAAAAUAGAUAUAAAAUUUAUCUAAUUUUUAACUGUUAGCUUUUAGAAUCUUUCAUAAUUGUUCAUUUUAAGUUAUAUAAAAUCACUUUUUACUGCUAAUUAUUCCAGCACGAUUGUGUGAAGUUUGUUUUCCAAAUUUGCUAAUGAAAGAAUGAACUUCUUAUUUUUAGUGCUACACAUUGCUGGGGCUAUUUUAUACAUAUAUUUAUUGUUUUAUUUAAAAUUUUAGUCAGUAAUGUUACAGGAAUAAAUUUUUUCCUGUGUAAGGGUAGUAAAAAGGGGCAUGCAUAUUUACAUUGUUCACUUAAUUUUGGAAACUUUUUAUAAAAAAUGUAAUACACUAGAGUAAAAGGUAUGUGAAUGAAAUUUUGUUAUAUUAUUUAUACAAACUCAUUAGCUGUCAUGUCUAUAUGUAUGUAUUUUAUGCAGAAUGUCUCAGUCAGUAUCUGCUUAUCAUAGUCAUCAUUUGAUAGUUUUUGAUCUACUGUAAUGUAAUUCUUUUAAGUAUUUUGUGCAUUGUGAAAUAGCUUGAAUGUUCACAAAUAUUCGAUUUCUGAUUAGCGGUAACUGAAUAAUUGCUUAUUCUACAGCAUAUGACUAUCUGUUUUAAACACCUUGCAUUAAUUUUUUACCUCUUUUCAUAUUAAUUAUUAGUAAUUGGUAUGAAACUGAAUUAGAAGGUGUAUUUAAAUAUUACUCUUAAUUCAGCUUUAUAUUGGUUGCUCAUAUGGAAUGUGUGAAUAUAUUUUAGAGUUAUCAAUGAUCAGCUUAAAAUAUUUUUAAACUUUAUCCUUGUAAUUAACUGCAUUAUUCAGUGUAAUAUAGAAAACAAUUUAUUUUCUCUCCUGAUAAAUGAAAUAUUUAGAUAUGCUAGAUUUUAACAAAUUUUUAUUAGAGAUUAACUAUAUGAGUAUAAUUGCAUUCAUCUUAUUUUGUGAUGGAGAAAAUGAAUGAAAUAAUGACUUUGUGUGUCUUUUAACUAAGAAGAUUUUUUGCCUUUUUUUACCAUAAUUUUUCAAAGUAUUUUUUUUACUAUCUGUUAUUUUUGUAAAUAUUUAUUGAUUUUAAUUUUUUUGUAAUAUUUUUGUUUAAUUUUACAAUUAUCAUCUUCAAUAUUUUUUAUAAAAUGUAGAAAAAAUUAAUUCUGUUAUAUAGUCAAUGUGUAUUUUUUUAACACAUCCCCUUCCUUCUCUGUGCUGAUCAAAAGAUUUAUGAAUGCUGUAACAGAAUAUUAACUAGCUAUGGAUUUGAACUAUGUGAGAAGAAAUAUUGGAACAGUAUUAUGAUCAAGGCAAUUGUUGCUCAAGCAGUGAAAUAUGUUUACUUGAAAACAAAAUAAAUUUAUCCCUAUGAUA